AUGCUGUCGCUGUACCGCGCGUGGCUGGGCCCGGGGCCGUGCGUGGCGCGGCCGGCGCCGCCGCCCGGCGCGCACCGGCCCGUGCCGCGCCGCGCCCGCGCGCCGUCCCCGCCCCCUGCCUCGCCCGCCAGCGCCGCCUCCUCCGAGCUGGACGUGGAGCGCGUGGAGACGCCGCCGGCGCCGAGCGGGGGCGCGCCCACCGCGGUGGUGGACGUGGCAUCGUGCGACGGGCCGGUGCGCUUCAGCCGCGUGCUGAACGCGGCUUGGCAGGAGCGCGAGUGGUGCCGCCACCGCCGCCGCCCCGCGCCCCACUACUACCCCUGCAAGACGUGCGGCUCCAAGUUCCCCUCUUACUACUUCGUGCACAAGCACCGCAAGCGCUGCCACGCCGACGAGCCGCCCGCGCCGCCGGAGCCCGAGCCCUCCACGUCGGCGGCGCCCUAGCCCGGCCCUCCGCCCUCGGCAGCCCGCGAGUGACCCCUCCGGCGAGGACUCUCUCACCACAUAGGUUAAUUAAUUUAUCGUUGUUAAUAAACUAGUUAAGUCCGA